GCGGCUACCUGCACGGGGAGGGGGGCAGACAGCGCGGAGCGCGGUGGCGUCGACGUCUAGUGUCUCAGCGCUCCCGUCUGUGGUUUAGGCAGCCAGCAACCAGGCAGCUCGCGACCUGCGGCCGGGCAGCCAACCAUGCUUAACUUCGGCGCUUCUCUCCAGCAAGCUCCGGAGGGAAAAAUGGAACUAAUUUCUGAAAAGCCCAAAGAGGGAGCGCAUCCCUGGAACAAAGCUGAGCAGAGUGACUUUGAAGCCGUGGAAGCGCUCAUGUCCAUGAGCUGCGACUGGAAGUCUCAUUUCAAGAAAUACCUUGAAAACAGGCCUGUCACGCCAGUGUCUGAUACCUCUGAGGAUGAUAGCUUGCUUCCAGGGACACCUGACCUUCACACAGUCCCAGCAUUCUGUCUCACUCCACCUUACAGCCCCUCUGACUUCGAACCCUCCCAGGGGUCAAAUCUGACGGCACCAGCGCCAUCUACUGGUCACUUCAAAUCAUUCUCUGAUGCUGCCAAGCCUCUGGGUGCUGCUUCUUUCAAGGAGGAGGAAAAGAGUCCAUUAGCUGCUCCUCCCCUCCCUAAGGCUCAAGCCACCAGUGUCAUCCGUCACACAGCUGAUGCCCAACUGUGUAACCACCAGUCCUGCCCUGUGAAAGCAGCAAGCAUCCUCAACUAUCAGGACAGUUCUUUCCGGAAAAGAACCCACGUAAAUGUCGAGGCUACUCGAAAGAACAUACCCUGUGCUGCUGUGUCGCCAAACAGAUCCAAGCCUGAGCCCAGCCCAGUGUCAAAUGGUGAUGAGAAGGCAGGCGCUGCCCCGUAUGACUUUGCUGUGCCUUCCUCAGAGACAGUCAUUUGUAGGUCUCAGCCAGCUCCUACGUCCCCAGUGCAGAAGCCAGUACUGGUGUCCUCACCUACAGUAUCCACCGGGGGAGUGCCACCCCUGCCUGUCAUCUGCCAGAUGGUUCCCCUUCCUGCAAACAACCCUCUUGUCACCACAGUUGUCCCCAGCACUCCUCCCAGCCAGCCACCAGCUGUCUGCUCACCUGUGUUGUUCAUGGGCACUCAGGUGCCCAAGGGCACCGUCAUGUUUGUGGUACCCCAGCCCGUUGUGCAGAGCCCAAAGCCUCCAGUGGUGAGCCCCAAUGGCACCAGACUGUCUCCCAUUGCCCCUGCACCUGGAUUCUCUCCUUCAGCGGCCAGGGCCACUCCCCAGAUUGAUUCGUCCAGAGUAAGAAGUCACAUCUGUAACCACCCAGGAUGUGGCAAGACUUACUUUAAAAGUUCCCAUCUGAAGGCCCACGUGAGAACACACACAGGGGAAAAACCUUUCAGCUGUAGCUGGAAAGGCUGUGAAAGGAGGUUUGCUCGAUCCGACGAACUGUCCAGACACCGGCGGACACACACAGGUGAGAAGAAGUUUGCCUGUCCCAUGUGUGACCGUCGGUUCAUGAGGAGCGACCACUUAACCAAGCAUGCCCGACGUCACCUCUCUGCCAAGAAGCUGCCAAACUGGCAAAUGGAAGUUAGCAAGUUAAAUGACAUCACUCUGCCUCCAACCCCUGCCUCGGCACAGUGACAGCCGGAAGAUGGAGAUGCAGAAUAAACUUUGGUCAGAGUCAGGAGCCAGCGAUGGUGUCAAAUGCUUCUGCAAGUCUGUGGCCCUCCCACAGGGCCUAAAGCAGAAGCCCCUGGCCUGGGAGAGGCCCAGCUGGGUUAGAUGACAAGAAGUGCUUCAGCCACAGGCAGGUCACAGAGGGCAGGGCUCAUUUCUUACCACAUAAAGAGAGGAGAAGGCUUUCAUUCCUUUGUAGUCCGGAAAGUUUCGGCUGAAGUGAGCACAGCACAGGUUUUGAGUCACAUCCACACUGGGUACUUUGUUUUUGCCGUUUACACUUGAGACCAGCUUUGCAGUGUGAUUCUUUCAAAGCAUUGGUUUCAAGAAUAUAGAGGCUGGAAAUUACGGUACAGAAAUGGAGCUAGAAAAUGAGUUUGUCACACAGAGAUGUCACCUUCUCCUAGAGUUAUCUUGUUUCUUACUCCUAGUCUUUCCAGUCAACUCCGUGGGUGUUAACUAAGUAUACCUAAAGCUAUCAUUUUUUCCACUAUUGUUAGUAUUUGAAGUUGAACAGCUGUACAUUGCUAAAGGGGAGCCAAAGGAUUGGAACCCUCGUUAAUUUAAUUGCUUGGAAGUGCAGCUAAAAUUAUUUUUGGCAUUUUGUUUUGAAAGUUUAGGCAUUUUACUCUACUUUAGAUUUUAGUUUGCUUGCAGUUUUUUGUGUAGAUUUGAAAAUUGUAUACCAAUGUGUUUUCUGUAGACUUAAAAUACACUGCACUUUGUUUAGAAAAAAAUCUGGAGAUGAAAAUAUGUAUUGUAAAGAAGAGAUGUCAAGAAUUUGAGAUAACUCCUUGAGAAAGGUGGCUUUAUGUCAUCAGCAAAGGAUACUUACAUCAAACAUACACUGUGUUUUUUUCAAAUUAGAAAGUUAAUCACCAUUACAGACGGACAAUGUCCUUUUUUAUAGGAGCUUUUCAGGAUGUCAGAGUAGAUAGGUAGGAAAAUUUGUUCUUAGAACAUUCACUUCCACCUUGCAAAGGAUGUUCAUGGUUCUUAUCGCCGCAGUGUCUGGGCAUCUGGGAAACUCCGAGACUUUUUAGAGUGUCAUAAUGUGGUCACACCUGCAGUUUUGGGGAUUGAAUCCAGGGCCUUGCAUGCCUUCUGUGAGAGCUCCAUCACUGAGCUGCAUCCCCACCCACCAGAGCAGUGACUUUUGCUAACAGUAUUUCCUUUCUGUUGUAAAGUGGAUGGAUUGAUACAUUUGGUAGUAAAGGUAAAUUAUUCAAAAUCCACAGUGAAAAACCCACCAUACCGUCCCAUUUAAACCAUUUCCAUAUCUCGUAGGUUUCUGACAUGCAAACUUGAACCCUUGAAAAAAAGUUUUCUUAAAAAUUAUAAAAAAAAUCACGAGUUACAAUUUGCACAAUAUUUUUUGUUGUACUUUAUACCUUGUUUACAAUAAAGACUUUCCUUUGGUAUACACA